AACUCAAAGUACCGAUAACUUCUCCACUACUCUAAUCAGGUCAUCAACUCUUUACUAUCCAUUCUGGAGUCACGUCAUCAUCAUGAUUGGACGUCUUGGGGUUCCUCUGGCAUUUUUUACAAUCAUCUUCGCCACUCCUGCGCUCUCACAAAAUUCUACCGUGUCUUGCUGGGAUGAGAUCCCCGCUACUUCGUCUCUCUCCUGGAAACCUUGUUAUACCGACUUCACUUGCGCAAACCUCCAAGUUCCAUUGGACCACGAAGAUGCUUCUGCCGGUACCACUAAUAUAGCCCUCUUGCGAUGGGAAACCCCGAAUCAACCCGCAAUGGGAGACAUCAUACUCAAUCCCGGUGGGCCGGGAAGUUCUGGAGUGGGCUGGCUGUUACGAGGCAAGAACAGGCUGGUCAACCUCCUUGGGACCUCCUACAAUCUCGUUGGAAUGGAUCCGCGUGGCGUCAACAACAGCGGACCCAGUGUCGACUGCUUCCCGGGUCAACCUUUUGUAAGGGAGUAUUACUAUUCCCUACUCAACACUAAUUAUGACCCCGCCAAUGAACAAGAAGUGCGCAAUUUCUGGACUGCCGCAGGAGGUUACGGAGACUGGUGCGCUCAGACCUUGAACCAAACGGCACGAUAUGUGAAUACUCCGGCAACAGCCAGAGACAUGUUGACAUACGCGGAAGCACUAGCAGAGAGUCGCGGUGAGCCAAAGGAUGAGGCCAAGCUCAACUACUAUGGUGUGUCUUACGGAUCAACUCUCGGUACUACAUUCGCGAGUCUGUUCCCGGAGAGGGUCGGGCGGAUGAUUAUCAGUGGUGUUGUUGACGCUGAAGAGCAUUAUGGCGGUACAUGGAUGCAUUCGCUUCGACAGGCAGAUGCAACAAUGACCAAGUUCUUCGAAUUGUGUUAUGAGGCCCGGUCUGCCUGCGCUUUCUUCAAGAACGACAGCAGUGCACAGGAUAUGCAGGAGCGUUUCGAUGCUCUCAUUGCGGAUUUGAAGCGAGAACCGAUCUCCGUAUCUGACCCUCGGUUCUUGCAGUUCCCUAAAGUGAUCAAGUGGGCUGAUGUGAUGUACGGGGUCUUGCUCGCCGUUUACAAUCCAUCCUCAUUCCCUACCACGGCUGGCAUCCUUGCUCAACUGGAACAAAGAAAUGCCACAUCCAUGAUUAAGCUCACAUCUGAGCUCGAUAUCCCCAAAGGUAUCAUGCCUCCUUCCGAUUGUAGUGAGCCUAGCGUGAAAUACGGGGAGGUGGGGACAAGAAACAUUGUCGGGUGCAACGACCAACACGGCAGCUACAACAUCAGCAGCUUUGAGAAGAUGCAGCAACAUAUCUCAUACCUAGAUAAUGUGAGCCGAUAUCUUGGAAGUAUUUGGUCAGGCACUAUUCCUGUGUACUGCCGCAAGCACGCGUUUGUGCCGCCAGAGAGCCAGAUCUUCCCUGGCUACAAGGAGACGCAGACGGCGAACCCCCUUCUUUUUGCCGAAAACACACUGGAUCCAAUCUCUUCCUUCGCUGAAAAGAUGGCAAAUUUCUAUACUGGUUCCGUUAUCCUGAAGCAGGACGCAGUCGGCCAUGGGACUACUGCAGCCGUGUCCAAUUGCACUUCGGCGCACUUCUCGAACUUUAUGCAGACAGGAAAGCUUCCUGCAGCGGGGACUAUUUGCGAUAUUCAGGAUCCGAACCCGUUUUUGGUGGGGAUAUCGGAGGGUGGGAAUCGAAGUGUGGAGCGACGCGGGCUUCCGUUCCUGCAUUGAUU